GUACAGCCGUUUCGUUAAAAAUCUCUUGGUUCUGUAGUGAAUAAUUACGUUUUUUUUUGAACAGGUAAGAUGGCAAGAACAAAGCAAACAGCUCGUAAAUCAACUGGCGGCAAAGCUCCCCGAAAACAGCUUGCCACUAAAGCGGCUCGUAAGAGCGCUCCUGCUACCGGUGGUGUGAAGAAGCCUCACCGUUACAGGCCGGGAACUGUAGCUUUGCGAGAGAUUCGGCGCUAUCAGAAGUCCACCGAGCUGCUUAUCCGCAAGCUGCCUUUCCAGAGAUUAGUAAGAGAAAUCGCUCAGGAUUUCAAAACUGAUCUCCGUUUCCAGAGCUCCGCUGUUAUGGCUCUGCAGGAGGCCAGUGAGGCUUAUUUGGUCGGUCUAUUCGAAGACACCAAUCUGUGUGCUAUCCACGCUAAGAGAGUGACAAUAAUGCCAAAGGACAUCCAGCUGGCUCGCCGCAUUCGUGGGGAGCGUGCUUAAGGACACAGUUUUAUAAGAAAAAGGCUCUUUUAAGAGCCACCA